CACAGACAGGGGCGGACUGACAACUCAUGGGGCCCCCAGGCAAUAGGGGAUCAUGGGGCCCCUGUGUCCUUGCCCACACUCAAAAAAGCCUAUAAAAAGGGGUACCAGGGGCAUUUCAUGGGCCCCCUACUGACCCCGGGCAGUGCCUGAGUGCUGGAAUGGUCAGUCCACCCCUGGUCACAGAAGGCUGCGGGACCAUUCACAAAACACAGCUAAAAAAAAAACAAAAAACAAAUUAGUUUAUAACCAAAAAUUAUAAUUUUUAAACAUUUUUUUAUUUUAUUUUAUUUUU